GGGCACAAAGGAGCACCUGAAGUGUUCAGUCUUGCACCGUGGUGGGAUGAUGCGUUGACUGAAUGCAGGCAAUACAGGCAGCCUUUCAGACAAUUGUGGAGGGAUGCAGGCUUCAAAUCCUGCUCCCAUGCCACAAUAAACUUGUUGAGCCAUCUCUCAGCACAACACAAUCGUUGAGUGGAAACCUAGUGAAAAAACUGUUUCACCAGAAGUGCAUUUAUGUAAGACCUGACAAAGUCCUUUCGAAAGAGGAUGGAGAUGAUGUCGAAUCUGAAUUUUCUGGUGGUGAAAGUAGCCUCACCAAAAGUUCUGAUAUCACAGACAUUCAAGAAACAGAUGAAUGUGGAAUUGGAGGUACUUCAGAAGAAGUUGCCUCAACCAUUUCCACUGUUGAGCCCCAGUCCCUCUCCCAUACUAUGUCUUCCUUUUCUGAUGGUGAUGAGGUUAUCUGGUGUGUUGGUCCCUCUGACACGCAAGAUGUAUCUACUGACAGUACCUCUAUUCUUGCCCAUGGUCCCACCCAUCCUAGUGCAUCUGGCUCAUCUGAUACAUCCUACAGUACAUACCUUGGUCUGUUUGAGGAAGAAUACCUCUCUGAUGAUCCUGAUAUUCAGGAAGAAAUGUCAAGGUCUUUGGAAUGUAAUACGAGUGACUUUAAUUACACCUGAAUCUGUUUGUUUGGUUCAGCUGUAAGUAGGAUUUCCCAAAAACUGCUGGCCAGAUUUUAGCAGAAUUUUUAGGACUGGAAAGUACCCAUUCAAUGUACUGUGAGUGUGAUCAAACUCAUUUCAGGUCACAUGAGGAAAUUAGUUGGGGAUUUUAUACAGCAUAUUUGUGUUUCUCAUGGAAUAAUGUGCUGGUCUUAAUCAUGGUGAUUCAGGCAACUGAUUUCUACAAGUGUGUAGAUCUUGUAAUGGAUCCAAAUAAAAAUCAGGAUCUAGCACACUU